CUGAAUUCGGCUGUUUGUUCGUGAUUUUUUGUUUACUUACAAUAAUAAUAAGGUACCUGCUUUAUAUUAUUGAUCUGACGUUAUGUUUGAUGUUCGGUUUCUGUCAUUUGUGAUCCAAUAGAAAUCGUAGACAGCGGCGGAUUAUAAAGACGGUUCUGCCGAGAUAAAGCACUUAUUGUCCAGUAUUCUAAGAUGCAAAGACACGCUCGAUGGAUGUUUAAUAUUUUCUUAAUAUUAGCAGCAGUAUAAGAUAUUCUUGUUGAGCAUUUCCAGAUAAAAGGUGUCUAGCAAUGGGUUUAGGAUCCUUGAAGGAUGAUAAGACUUCGUAGUUUGCUGAUUUAUAUAGCAGCAAUAUGUCAAAGUCUAAAAACUACGCUAUGGCCAACUACAACGGAAAAGGCCGGUCCUCAAUGAACGGUGAACUUUUAUAUAUGCUGAAAGAUUUACGGAAAUCGGAUACAACCAACAACGGAAUACGCAACAAUCGCAUUGCUAAAAUAAACAGGGAUAGAGAAAUUGACAAAACUCAAAAGGAGCAAAUGCUUCAAGUUUCGAGUAUCAAGAAAAGCCAGGAAGCCAUUUAUAAAACUUUAGUGCGUGUAAACAGAGACAAAAUAAAAACAACAAAAGAUCGAAUCACCAACACACAUGAGGAUUUACGUACACGAACUCAAAAGCUGCGGCUUAAAUUGCUAGUCAGAAAGGUCGUCGAAAAGUUCAGGGAAAAUGUCCAAGAGAAAAAGUUACGAAGGUAUGUGCUAUUGGACAAGUCUGAUGGGAACGAAAUUAAAGUAAAAAUUAGUUCCCUAGUGUUCAACAAAGAAGAUAAAAAUAUAAUAAAAGAAGAAAAGUACAAGGAACUUUCACUGAGUGUAGACUCACUGGACCGAGAAAACUCUGAAGAGACAUCACUCUCUCCUGUUGACUUAGAGAAGAACAACGAAAUGGUGGGACAAUUGAGCAGACCGACCUCUCGGUCGUCUUUCGAGGACGCCAUCACAGCAGAAUACCUCGACAGAGACAAUGACGCGUACAAGGACAAGGAAGAUAGAGAGGAUCAGAUGAUGGACAUACACGAAGGAGGGGUCACCAUUAAAGAAUUAGAGUCACUGAAUGACAAACCAGCAACCCCAGCAAAACGCACGAUAAUCGUAACGUUACCAAAUCUAUCAUCUGAUCUCACACCAAAAAAGAAGAAAAAGGAACGGGCUGGGGCUUUUGUUGGAACGUCAAUGAAGUAUAAAGAGAUGUACGAUUGUUCGAAAUGUGACAUAAAAGAACCAGAGAGAGGAGGGAAAAAUACCCCAAAUCCAAACAGAGCAAGAAGCGCCCGAUCUUCCUCCAGCGGGGGAAGCUAUAAAAUGGACGAAAAUAAUUCCAGACUGAACAGACUAAACGACCUGCCUUCACUGAAAGUUACCCUUGAUCAAAUUAAUUCAGGUACAUACUCAGCCAUUUUUCAGAAUACUAACAAUAUGUUAAAUAAAGUAGAACAUUUUCUUAAUACUUCCAUAAAGCCGAGGAAUGAAGAGUUGUCUAAACCCCAAAUGGAUACACGGAAGGAGGAUGUCGAAAAAACAAGACAAAGAAAGAUAAAUAUCAGAAACCAUCUGUUUGAGACAUCCGGAAAACUAUCAGGACGAAGUAUACCUAUGGUCAGAGCGGAAGAUUCAGAAAUGGAGAAACUCUCUGUGAUCGGAUUAAACCCCAAAAAUGGUGACAAUACAGAGGGCAGGGUAUCAUCUCAAUCUGUCAAUUCGGUGCAAAGUUCCACAUCUUUGUCAAAAAGAAUGAGUGUUCAAUAUAUAAACCGAAAGAGGGCCAAAGCCAAGCAAGAGAGAUUUCCCAAAUUACAAGAGAAUGUAAAUGAAUUGAAGGAGGAUCCUCCUAUUGUUUUCGUGGACACGAAAAUGGAACAAUCCUUGGAGCAAGAGAUGAAAUCUCAGAGAAGAUUAAUAAAGUCGGAAUAUACAGCACGGGAACUUCAACGGGAGAAAAGGGAUGAGUCGACCAAGAAUUUGAAAAAAAAAGACGGAGAGAAUCAUUCUCGGCAAAAGUCACAACUUAAAGAAUCCAGGAAGCCGCCAGAGGCAACCCCGGUAACCAGUAAAACAGAAAACGAAGAGCAGGAAAUAAAGAAACCGUCCAACAUGUCGGAAUUUGUGUACAGAGUCUUUCUAAGACAAAACCAAUUUUCCAAGCUUCCAUCCUACAUGGACCCAAGCGUGGAGGCUUUACGUCACUGCCGGUACCUACGUCACUACAAACGCAUGAAUGUAGCUGAAAAGAUGGCUGCUCGAUAUGCUAGAAAUUCCUGCUGGCAAUCGAAACCUUUUUCGGUACAAGAAGAAUUUCGGACAAUGAAUCGUCUUGGGCUUGUACCAUCAUCCGCCAACUAAUCUCUAAAACGAUAUUGUUAAUUCAUGAACUCACAUCCCAUAUUCACUGAUUUACAAAUUGACACACGCAAUGG